AUGACGUACGCUGAGAUAAGACAUGCUAUCGGCAAAUUGACACGUCUCAAACGGUUGUUGCUUGGAAAAGCGGUGUUCCCAUCAAGGUGUGAAGCAUUCAAUAAUAUGAUGAUCCAUCUUGCUAUCCAUUGCCGUCAUUUAUGUGAAUCGGAUAUCCAAGCUCGUACGGAAGGUCUCGAUACUGGUUUGCUGGCUCUUUCUACAUUGGAUAAUCUUGAAAGUAUUGCAUUCCUUGCUAUGGAUCUUUCUACUCAUGGUGUUAUGGCUUUGGCAAAAUUUCCUCGGUUACGGCACCUCACCCUUUACGGCAACAAGCAGCCGGAAUUGCAGCAUGAGCUGGAAGAAUUGAAACAAACCCAUCCCCAAUUGAAGGUAUCAUGGCGUGAUCUUUGA